AUGUUUAACACAACUGUCUUAAAAGUUGACGUAUCCAGUAUCAAAUUUGGUGCGCUGGAUACCAAGCCAAUCAUCACAGAUGAAGAAACAAAGCAUAACAUAGAAUUGGCAGCUAAAGUACUCACAGAGUCAAAUGACGUAGUAGGAUUCCCCACAGAAACCGUAUACGGACUUGGAGGUUCUGCAUUGAGUGACGAAUCGGUUAAAGGAAUUUACAAAGCUAAAAAUCGGCCUAGUGAUAAUCCAUUAAUAGUUCACAUAUCUUCCAUUGAUCAAUUGAAAAGACGACUACUUCCUGAAGACUAUGAGAUUCCACAUAUUUAUGAUAAGCUCAUACAGAAGUUCUGGCCAGGUCCAUUAACUAUACUUCUUCCAGUACAUGAUGGAUCUCCUAUAUCUAAAUAUGUUACUGCUAACCAAGAUACCUUUGCAGUGCGGAUGCCUGCUCAUCCAGUUGCUAGAUCUCUUAUAGCUAUUAGUGAUACUCCAUUGGCAGCACCACUGGCCAACGCAUCCACGCGUCCUAGUCCCACGCUUGCAAGUCAUGUUCUCCACGAUUUACAAGGCCGUAUACCGUACAUAUUAGACGGAGGAGCUUGUGACGUAGGAGUAGAGUCUACAGUGGUGGAUGGACUUCUGGACCCACCAAUGCUUUUAAGACCAGGAGGAGUUUCGCUCGAAGAAAUAAGACAAUUUGGUGGCGACCAAUGGAAACAUGUCAUACUUAGUAAAAAGACCGCCGGGAAGCUUGAAGCUGUUAGAACUCCAGGAAUGAAAUACAAGCAUUAUUCACCCUCAGCAGAGGUUGUGCUCUUCACUGGUUGUGGUAAUGGUAAGAAAGCUAUUACGCAGUACAUUUCUCAAAAUAAUCUUGAACAAAAGAAACUUGCUUUACUUAGAGCUAGAAACUUUGGAUCCAACAUUCAUCCUGGCAUCAUUAUAGAACGAUCGCUUGGUAGUACGGGACAAGAAAUCUCUCGGAAUUUGUUUCGUAUGCUUCGGGAUGUUGAUGAAGAUCCUUCUGGGGUUGAUGUUAUCUUCGUUGAGGGCACAGACGAGACCAACGAGGGUCUUGCCAUCAUGAACAGAUUAUCAAAAGCAGCAGCCGUUCACAUCAAAGGAUAG